GUUCAAAGUACUAUGAAUUGCAUGAUUAUUAAACCUCAUGAUAAUAAUAAACAAUUAAAACUACAACAAUUAUUAAUGGAAUGGAUUAUUUUCGACAAUCAAUCAUUAAAUAUACUUAAAUCUGAUUCCUUUAAAACAUUUAUUAAUUCACUUGACCCUGCCUUUUCUAUUCCCGAUGUUAAAUUUAUAAAACAAUUGAUUCAUAAAUCUUAUAAUCAUACACUUCCUCUCAUUAUCAAACACAUUGAAGAGAAUGCAUUAUCAGUUAGUUUAACCAUUGAUAUGUGGACUGGUCAUAAUAGAUUAGGAUUUCUUGGUGUAACUUGUAGUUAUUUAGAUGAAAAUUUUAAAAUGCAUGAACAAGUACUUGCUGUUGAUUAUGUAAGAUACCCACAUACUGCAAAUCAUAUUAGUGAUACAUUAUUAGCAAUAUUAGAUGAGUGGGGUGAUUUAUCAGAAACCUCCAAUUAUUUUAUUCAAUGUAUAGGAGAUGUUCCAACUCGUUGGAAUUCCAGUUAUCUUGCUUGGACAAGACUCAUAAAAAUCAAAGAAUUUAUUUCAUUGUUAGCAAAGUGGGAGCUUUUGAAGGAAUUAGUUAAAAUCUUAAAACCAUUUGAAGAAGCAACUACAUACCUUGGUGGAAGUUCUUACAUUACAUUCAAAGAAUUAGAUGAUGUUUUUAAUGAUGAAUUUAUUGAAGAAAUAGAAGAUGCUGAACAAAAUGAUUUUAAUCUAAACCAGCCAAUGCACACUGAAGGUAUACUGGGUUUAACUAAUAGGGUUUUAUAUAAUGCAAUGAAUUUUUACUGGAACUUUGAAAAUAAAGAGUAUAUGAUUGCUGUUAUGUUAGACCCACGUACAAAACAAUUGACUUUUAUUAGAGAACAGAAUAUAAAAGAUGAUUAUAAAUUGAAUUUACAAUUGAAAUAUAAUCAGAUAUCAGCUCAACAAUCAACAAUCACCAAUAUUUCAUCAACAAAU